GUAGGAGCCGCCGACAGCGAUGGACCGCGCCGGGGACGAUCCGGACUCGCUGCCGCAGGUUUCUGCCUCGCAGGGCUCCUGACCUCGCCCCUGGACAGCCACCCCUUCUCAGACUUUGGCCAGUGGACUCCACAAACCUGCUUCCACAAUGGGUGGGUUGUGAAUGCUGGUAACGAGGAACUGUGGGUCCAGCCAGCCUUGGAGAUGCCGAAAAGACGGGACAUCCUUGCAAUCAUCCUCAUCGUGCUGCCCUGGACGCUGCUCGUCACUGUGUGGCAUCAGAGCACCAUCGCCCCACUGCUGGCAGCACACAAGGAUGAUGGCAGUGACUCCCGGCGCGAUGUGCCACCAGGGGCCGACCCCAGGGAGUACUGCGCGUCUGACCGCGACAUCGUGGAAGUGGUGCGCACGGAGUACGUGUAUACGCGGCCACCGCCGUGGUCCGACACCCUGCCCACCAUCCACGUGGUGACGCCCACCUACAGCCGCCCGGUGCAGAAGGCCGAGCUGACGCGCAUGGCCAACACGCUGCUGCACGUGCCCAACCUGCACUGGCUGGUGGUGGAGGACGCACCGCGCCGGACCCCGCUGACCGCGCGCCUGCUGCGCGACACCGGCCUCAACUACACGCACCUGCACGUGGAGACGCCCCGCAACUACAAGCUGCGUGGCGACGCCCGCGACCCGCGCAUCCCUCGGGGCACCAUGCAGCGCAACUUAGCCCUGCGCUGGCUGCGCGAGACCUUCCCGCGCAACUUCAGCCAGCCUGGCGUGGUGUACUUCGCCGACGACGACAACACCUACAGCCUGGAGCUCUUUGAGGAGAUGCGCAGCACCAGGAGGGUGUCCGUGUGGCCGGUGGCAUUUGUCGGAGGCCUUCGGUAUGAGGCCCCACGGGUCAACGGGGCGGGAAAGGUGGUCGGCUGGAAGACAGUGUUCGACCCCCACCGACCAUUUGCAAUAGACAUGGCUGGAUUUGCUGUCAACCUGCGGCUCAUUCUACAGCGAAGUCAGGCUUACUUCAAACUGCGUGGUGUGAAGGGAGGCUACCAGGAAAGCAGCCUCCUCCGAGAACUUGUCACUCUCAAUGACCUGGAACCCAAGGCAGCCAACUGCACCAAGAUCCUGGUCUGGCACACUCGGACAGAGAAACCGGUGCUGGUGAACGAGGGGAAAAAAGGCUUCACUGACCCCACUGUGGAGAUCUGAGCCCCGGAUGCAGGAGUCUCCUUCUCAGCCCUGUUCCUGGCCUUCCAUCCUCUCCCCGUGGCUAAUGGUCCCUCCAAGGCAAACUCCUCCUAAGGAAUCGCUGUCACCCUCCUUUAAAUUCUGGGGGCUUCCGAGAGACCCCAGCCUGAUGCCAGGACAAAGGACUGAGAGCUUAAAGCACAGAAAUCCCAGACCUGUCAUUCUCUUCCACCCAGUGUGGCCAGAGCCCAGCUGCCAGCCACGCCAUGCCCGCCAGGCACGCCAUGCUCACCAGUACUUCCUGCACCAACCAGGCCUGCAGGAGCAGACGCUGUGGGCAGCCAGGCCCAGAUUGAUGCCAGGCUGGGAGGGAGGUGAAAAGACCCCAACCGUCAAGUGGAGUGUGGCCCUCCCCGCCUCCCCAUUCCUGGGGCCAGCACCACCACACAGGAUACCCAGCAGGUAAUCCUGAAGACCAGAGAGCACCCCACCCUCAGGCAUCAGGAACACCCUACUCCCCUCCUCAGAGAGCUACUCCCAAGUAGACAUACCUCUCUGGCUUUCCUCUGGUUUCUAAUUCCAGAGCAUAAGGCGACCACUCUGCAUGAGGGAGCCUGGUCCUGCCAACAGGCCCCCCUGUACCUCAGGGUCUGGUGGGAGCAAGCCCCUCCUCUAACCCCAUGUCCCGAGAGCCUGUUCUUCCAGCACAGGAAGGAGGUGGCCUUCAGCUAGCACAGGUCACGGACUGGCCUGGACUAAGAUCUUGUGGGCACUGUCCACACACUGCCUUCCCACCUCCCACUGGGCCCCAGGGCCUCUGCCUGGACCGAGCCUAGGAAGGUCAGGUGCCCCCUUCCCAGAGCUCCCGUGAAACAGAUGUCAGGGGCUCCAGGAACCCAGGUGGGUGAGGUGGACAGAGGCAGGAGGUUAGGGAAAUUCCAUGAGGAGCUCUUUCCUGACAUGGUUUGGGGGCUUGGGGGAGGGGUUUUGGAUUAAUGAGGGAUUUAUGGAAAAGGGGCAGAGAUCAUUUGCAUACUGAGGGGGAAGGAGGAGACCUGAGCACACAAGACAGCAAAGAAAAUCUCACUGCUUCCUACAGUGAGAGCAGCCACCCCCUCCCACGUGUGUGCCAUGGCCUUCCAGAAGGAAGACACUUCCCUGGCUUCCCAGCACCGGACUAUUCCUGGGCUUUCUGACAGGUCGGCCCCUGGUGGCCAGCUUGCUCAUGCUCCUGAAAGUUGGAAGCACAAUUCCCUCCCAAGUGGAGGAAAAGGAAAGGCCUGACCCUACUGAAGAGGUGUUUAUUUUUUAGCCGCUAACAGCCCCCACUCCAUUUUAAACUGACAGGACCCGUCUGAGGACCCUAGAGAACCUGCUACUGGGUGGGUGGGACUCGGUCCAGCAACCUAACCUUCCAGAGUAGCAUUGGCUGCCUGUUUUGAAAUGGAUUAAACUUCCCACACAGUAUUCGUGAAACCCCCUGGGGGGUUUCAACCCUGAGAAUCUGAGCCACGUGCAGGAGUGCAGGGCACUCCCUGACGUUACGCUUUCCCUGGCUGCUCUGGAAAUCAACCGCUUGGGAUUCGGUGGAUGGGGGGAAGAGCAGGGGAGACGCACGCAGGGCCCGGCACACAGUGGAUUUCUGCCCUGGCACCGCACUGCCUCACCUGCCCAACCCAGCCCUGAAUGCCCACCCAGUUCAGCUUGGCUGGGCUUAGGCGUCUUCUUAGCCAAAAACCCAGGGCUCAUUUUCAGGAAAUUGAUAACAAGCAGCAAAAUGGGAUAUUGUCUCUCUUUUUUUUCUUUUUUCUUUUGGCAGAUGCUAGUUGAGUUGUUUUCACCUAAUAUCCUCUCUUAGCUGCAUGUGUAUUUAUUUAUAAUUAUAACCCUGGUGGACGGCAGCUUUCAUCUUUGUUGGGAAUGAGUUUGUUGUAAGUCGGAGUUGGACUGUGGCUGUGGGACCAUGAUGACAAUUUGUUUUCCAAGCCCGGUCUGUUCCCUGCUCCCACCAUAAAGGAUGAGGCUGGGGGCCCAGGGUCCUUAGGACAGAGAAAUGAGCAAGGGUGGAGCCCGUGCAGCUUCACCAUCUGGUCUGUUUUGAUUUAACUGUAUUUAAUUUGUUUUCAAAAUUAAAAGUCAAAUAUGGUUUUUAACAGUCCUAAUCCUCAUCAGCCCUGCCUUAUUUUUUUCUCACUCAUUGCUUUAACCAUUCAACAAAUAUUCGUCAGUGCCUACUAUGAGCGCUGUAUUCUAGGAACACAGAGCAAGGAAAACCAAAGUGGGUGUCUUCACAGAGCCGACCUUCUUGUGAGAGAAAGUAGAACAAUAAAGCACUCUAGAGUGUUCCACAUGUGAUCUGUCCUAAGAGAAGAAUGGGGCACAGUGGGAGACAGGGGUGCUGCACUGAGGAGCUGACACCCGUCCAGCGUGCCCAGGAAGGUCCCCGUGACCAGGUGGCAUCUGAGCAUGCAGGUGCAGUUAUCUGGGGCAGGCAGGGCAGUCCAGAGCAAAGUGCUCUCCCAGGAGGGGGCAGAAGGGCCACUGUGAUGGCAGGUGGAGAUGGGCUGAGACACGAGAGCAGGGGGAGGCACAGACCAC